GUAAAACACUAUUACGCUUUUAGUGUCACUGUAAUAUAACUUAUUGUAGGUACAGACAUGCGGGCUUGAGCAUUGGUGUUCUUAGUAAUGUAUAGGAAACCAUAAUUUGUGGAAUUCAUAUUCAGAGCUCAAAGAUAUGCAUAAAUAAGAACAUGGUAACCAUAACAGGUUUGUAAUAAGCUGCAUAUCACAGUUCAGAGUUGAAACUGAAGAUGGGGGAAGCUACACAUAGGUAUGCAGUAGUGACAGGAGAAAAUAAAGGGAUUGGAUUAGAGAUAGUUAGGCAGUUAGCUUCAGAAGGAAUAAAGGUGGUACUCACUGCAAGGAAUGAAGAGAGAGGUCUUCAAGCCUUGGAAACACUCAAAGCCUCUGCUCUUUCUCAUCUACUCUUCUUUCAUCAGCUAGAUGUGGCUCAUCCUGCAAGUGUAGCUGCUUUUACACAUUUUAUCAAAUCCAAAUUUGGUAAACUUGAUAUUCUGGUUAACAAUGCGGGAAUCAGUGGAAUUGUAAUUGAAGACAGAGACUUAUUCACUACAUUAAUCGUGAAUAAUGGGGUGAUAUCAGAUGAGGAAGGAACAAGGGCAGUAACUCAAACAUAUGAGUUAGCAGAAGAAUGCUUGAAAAUAAAUUACUAUGGCGCUAAAAUAACUAUUGAAUUCCUUAUGCCCCUCUUGCAAUUAUCUGACUCGCCAAGAAUUGUGAAUGUAUCAUCCACAAAGGGGCAGUUAAAGAGUUUCUCUAAAGAAUCAUGGGCAAGAGGAGUGUUCAGCGAUGUUGAUAACCUGACAGAAGAGAAAAUGGAUGAAAUAGUGAAGAAAUUUCUAAUUGAUUUCAAAGAAGGUAGAUUAGAGAGUAAAGGGUGGCCAAAGUAUCUAGGUGCCUAUAUUGUAUCGAAAGCUGCUAUGAAUGGGUACACGAGAAUC